AACCUUCAGUUUUAGCAGAUUUUCGCACUUUCACACAACAUUGUAAUAUUAAAAUGACUUGCCUUAGACAUGUCUUUAUCGUAAGUUUUAUUUUGCUGGUGACAAAUUCAACCAAUGGACUUCUUAGUGUUAGAAAGCACAUUAUAGAUCCACCGGAAAGUGUUACUUUAAGAAAUACUAGAACGACCAGUAAUUUGUAUUUUGAGCAAAAAAUUGAUAAUUUUAAUCACGCAGAUACACGUACAUGGAAACAGAGGUAUCAUCUAAGCGAAGACUACUACAAUGAAACAUCCAAAAACCACGUUUUUUUAUUGCUGGGAGGAGAAUGGGAAGCUAUAGAUACCUGGCUGAACUAUGGAUCUUGGAUUGACACGGCAAAACAGUACGGAGCUCUUCUGAUUUAUCUGGAACAUCGCUAUUAUGGGAUAUCUCAACCAUUUAGCGACCUUAGUACAGAAAACCUUCAAUACCUUUCAAUCCAUCAAGCAUUGGAAGAUACAGCCAACUUUAUAGAGGGCAUUAACAAUAUUUACAAUCUUACAUCUGACGUUAAAUGGAUAGUAUUUGGUGGUUCUUAUGCUGGAACUAUGGCUGCCUGGAUGAGACAUAAAUAUCCACACUUAGUCACUGGAGCAAUGUCCUCGAGUGCACCCUUGAAAGCCAUUCUAGACUUUCAUGAAUACUUGCAAGUGGUACGUAAUAGUUUGGCAACCCAUAGUAUUGCGUGCGUUGAUAAUAUUAAGGAAGCGUUUGCUGAAUUGGAGGAGUUAGUUGCUAGUUGCCUGGAAGACGUUGAGAUAUACCAGGAAUUAGACGAAAUGUUUCAGCUGUGCGACUCUAUAGAGCUAUCUGAGGGAAAUGAAAAGGAUCUUUCGACGCUUUUCGAAGUAUUAACUGAUGACAUUUUUGCUUAUGUCACUCAAUAUAAUGGAAGGCUGCAAGUAUCUAUAGAUGAUUUGUGUGAAAUUAUGGUAAAUGAUACUGAAGGUUAUAGCAUGUUGCAAAGACUGGGUCAGGUUAACAGCCUUAUGUUAAACACUACAUCGACCAACUGUACUGAUUUUAAAUAUACAAACUUUCUUGGAAAAUUGCAAAAUACCACCAUUAAGGCCAGUUCAAUGAUGCGUCAAUGGGUAUACCAGACUUGCACAGAAUUCGGUUUCUUUCAGACUUCAAGUCAAGAAGUUCCCAUUUUUGGUUCUCGGUUUGACGUAAGUUUUUUCACUGAUUUAUGUGUUGAUCUGUUUGGAGAAAACUUCAAUGAAACUUUAACAAAUAUGGGAAUUCAUGCUACAAAUACCAGAUAUGGAGCAACAAAUAUUGCAACGAGUAAUAUUGUAUAUUUUCAUGGAGCUAUUGAUCCUUGGCAUCCACUUGGAAAGUUGGAAACCAGUGAUGACAUUAAUGAUAGUGUCAUUAUAGUAGAAGAUGCUUCCCAUUGCAUGAAUAUGCAACCUAGUAAGGAAACAGACUCAGAAGCUCUACAAGAGGCACGAAAAUCGAUUGAUAAGUUAAUUGGACAAUGGCUGACUAGCACCUCUGCUAACGAUGAUGAUACUGAUGAUAGUAAUGAUGAUGAUAAUAAAGAUAAUGAUGGUACUGACGAUAGUAAUGACGAUACUAAUAGCAGCAAUAGAAUCACUGGAAAUAUCAUAUUUACAUUAAGUACGUUUUUCUUGUUUCUUAUAUAUUUAAUUGCUUGAAUAUAUAUAAGAAAAUAUAGUUAAAGUAGAA